AUGGUGGUGUCCUGCGUAGUCACUACCUCCCAGUCUGAUGAGGAGCGUACACUGACCAAGCACACCUUCUGGUCAGCUACACAACAAGAAGGAGUGUCUGGUUACUUAGGAGUUUCGUGGUCAAAGGAAGCCUCCAGGUCUGCAAACGUCUCUUCACCCGCCACGGCUGCACAGUCUGCCUCGUCUGAUGAGGCUGACAGUCCAUUUUCCACUUCAGGCUCACCGACUAGUGUUCUCGCCCCGGAUGCGGUUGAGAGUCUGCGAGCAGAUAUUGAUAUGAUCCCAGAGGCUAGGGUUCCUGAGUCUGAGGCCCCUUCUGCAGAGCCUGCUGAGGACACAGUCUUGGCUGCUUUAUUCGCCACUUCUGAGAUUCCACCACCUUCCCCUCGAGAGCAUUCCAAGAGGCGCAGGGGUCGAGAGGAGGAUGAGGCUAGGUCAAGGAAGAAGGAGAGCCGUGAAAUGGAGGCUGCGAGGAGAGCCUCGAUUGCUGAUGAGGAGGCGCGUCUGAUUAGGGCUGUAGAGUCCGCUGCUGGGGCAUCUAGCUCCAGAGAUGUGGAGACGGCGGGAGGCACUACUUAUAGUGUUGUUGCUGUGUUAACCAAAAGAAUGCAUGGGGUGAUGCAAAGCAUUAUAUGUGAAAGUCAAGCAGGUUUCAUCCCUGGAAGGAAAAUUGCUGAUAACAUUGUUCUUGCUCAUGAAUUGGUUAAGGCCUACACUAGGAAGCAUAUCUCUCCAAGAAGCAUGUUGAAGAUUGAUCUGCAGAAAGCCUAUGAUUCAGUUGAGUGGGAUUAUCUUGAACAAGUAAUGUGUGGGUUGGGGUUUCCAGAAAUGUUUGUAAAUUGGACAAUGAAAUGUGUUAAAACAGUGAACUACUCCAUAGUAGUUAAUGGACAGACAUCUCAGAGUUUUGAUGCAGCUAAAGGUUUGAGGCAAGGAGAUCCAAUGUCUCCCUUCCUGUUUGCUAUAGCAAUGGAGUAUCUGAGCAGGCUGCUCAAGGGUCUAAGAGAAGACAAGAAGUUCAAGUAUCAUCCUAGGUGCUCAAAGCUUGACAUUACUCAUCUUUGUUUUGCAGAUGAUUUACUAAUGUUUGCUAGAGGAGAUUUGGAAUCUGUUAAAGCUAUACAACUGUGUUUCUCACAAUUUUCUCAAGCCUCAGGCCUACAAGCAAAUUUGAGUAAGAGCUCAAUAUAUUGUGGUGGGGUUAAGCAAGAAGUGAAGAAUCAGAUUGUUCAACAACUAGGCUACAAUAUGGAAGAACUUCCUUUCAAGUAUCUGGGAGUACCUCUAUCAACCAAGAAAAUGUCUGUGAUGCAAUGGUACCCCCUCAUAGAGAAAAUAAUGGCAAGAAUAACCUCAUGGACAGCUAGGAAGUUAUCAUAUGCAGGAAGGAUUCAGCUGGUGCAGACAGUCCUCUUUGGUGUUCAAGCUUACUGGGCACAACUUUUCCUAUUUCCAACUAAGGUAAUCAAAUUAAUUGAUAGUAUGUGUAGAAGUUAUAUUUGGUCUGGUGUUGGGAAGAUAACUAAGAAAGCUUUAAUAGCUUGGGAAAGAGUAUGUAGGCCAAAAAAUGAAGGUGGUAUGGGGCUGAUAAACAUGCAACUAUGGAAUAGAGCUGCAAUAGCCAAACUGUGUUGGGAUUUGGCAAACAAGGAAGACAAACUGUGGAUUAAAUGGAUACAUGUCUAUUACAUAAGAGGGCUCAGAGACUGGCAGAAGAGAGAACAAGCUAGUUGGAUGAUCAGAAAGAUAAUGCAGGCUAAACAAAUAGUUGAUCAAGUUCACAUCAAAGAAGGAAAAGGAAUGGUUAAGCAAAUAUAUGAGCAUAUAAGAGGGGAGCAACCUAAACCUGUGUGGAAAUGUCUAAUGUUCAAGAACUCUGCAAGGCCUAAAGCUAUAUUUACUCUGUGGAUAUUAAUGUAUAGAAAGCUAGCAACAGUGGAUAGGCUUGCUAAAUGGGGGAUAACACAUGAUUCAGCUUGUGUGCUAUGUACAAAUAUGGAUGAAAGCCUCGACCACAUGUUUUUACAGUGUCAUUAUGUAGAGGAAGUGUGGGAAAGAGUAUUAACAUGGGCUGGUUUCAACAACAACAGAGCAAAAACAUGGACACAGUUUGUGCAAUGGUGUAUACAGCAUGGGAAGGGGAAGACUACAAGAGCUCAACUAUUUAGAAUGGUAUUAGCAGAAGUAGUGUAUGCAGUAUGGAAUGAGAGAAACAAGAGAAUUUUUGAAGACAAGAAGAGUUUGAUAGAAGAGAUUGUUAAGAAGAUAGCAUAUGUAACUAUAGCAAGAUCUCCUAUUAGCAUAAGUAAGAUUAUUAGCCAUAGGAAGAUCUGA